AUGGAGGUCAGCAACGAUGUUUUGUCGGUGUUCAAGUGUCCACGCUGCGAUUGCCUGAUGCAUCCGCCAGUGAGGAUGUGCGUUCUGGGCCACUGCUUCUGCAACCGAUGUAACGAGAAGAACCUGGUGUGUCCAAUAUGCAAGAGUGAGAAGUCUGCGGCUCGAAACUAUGGUUUGGAACAGCUGUACGACAAUUUCCUGUUUCGCUGUGAAAAUGCAGGUGAAGGGUGUCCUUUUAUUGGCGAAGGUGCUCUAACGAAAGACCACGAGAUGUAUUGCAGCUACACGAUUCUCGAUUGCCCAUUGAAGCCAUGCCGAUGUACUUGGGUCGGUUCAAUUAAGGAUCUGUUUGAUCACAUGAGAAAUCAUCACCGAGGAAACACCUACGAUAUGAGUGAGAGGGUCGAACCGAUGGAGAUGUGCACCCACUUCGUUCCUGGAUCAUUUUACCAAGUGGUUAUUCGAGCAUUUUCCGAAGUCUUCUUAUUCAUGUGCACGAUCAACUAUAGCAGCUCUGCCAUUAAGUGGACCCUCCUCUAUUUGGGAUCUAAAGAAAAUGCUGAGAAAUUCUAUUACACAGUGGAGUUUGUGGACCCGCGAGAUCCAUUAAAGGUGGUACGUCUGAAAUCAAAUUGCCAGCUUCUACGUAAUUUUUGUGACAAUAUGGAUGUUAAGUGUGAGCUUCUAUCAGACAGCGACGUGUUCCAGAAAAUAUUGGAAACUAAGCACUACCACUACAUCGUGACAAUAAAGGAGCAUUGA